AUGUCCAGAGCGCAUUACCUCACGCUGUCGUGCCCCGACAAGCCCGGCAUCGUCCAUGCCGUGACGGGCGUCCUGGCCGCGCAUAACCUCAACGUGCUCGACCUGCAGCAGUUCUCCGACCGCGACUCCGAGACCUUUUUUAUGCGCGUCCACUUUGGCCCCUCCGAGACCGAGUCCACCGCGUUCCUCGCCGCGCCCUUUGACAAGCUCGCCGCCGACUUCCGCAUGAAGUACGACAUCCGCCCCGUCGACCGCAAGCUGCGCAUGCUCAUCAUGGUCUCCAAGAUUGGCCACUGCCUCAACGACCUGCUGUUCCGCGUCAAGACGGGCCAGCUGCGCGCCGACGUGCCCCUCGUCGUGUCGAACCACCCGGACUUUGCCGACCUGGUGCGGUCCUACGGCAUCGAGUUUGUCCACCUGCCCGUCACCAAGGACACCAAGGCCGCCCAGGAGGCGCGCGUCCUCGAGCUGGCCGCCGCGCACGGCGUCGAGCUGAUUGUGCUCGCGCGCUACAUGCAGGUGCUGUCGCCGACGCUCUGCACGGCCAUGUCGGGCCGCAUCAUCAACAUCCACCACUCCUUCCUGCCCAGCUUCAAGGGCGCCAAGCCGUACCACCAGGCCUACGACCGCGGCGUCAAGAUCAUCGGCGCCACGGCCCAUUUCGUGACGGCCGACCUCGACGAGGGCCCCAUCAUAGAGCAGGACGUGGCGCGCGUCGACCACAGCAUGAGCGCCAAGGCGCUGAUCGACGAGGGCUCGAAUGUCGAGAGCCGCGUGCUGGCGGCGGCCGUCAAGGGCUACGCGGAGCGCAAGGUCUUUUUGAACGGCACCAAGACGGUGGUUUUCAACUAG